CUUGAUGCAUUUACAGAAAAUAUGAAUGAGAAGGAUAUAUCGAUAGAUAUUGCAGUACGGAAACUUCUAGACUGGCUAGUCAGCCGACGUAUCUGCUCCCGUGAUUGGCAUGAGCAUGCCGUGAAAAUCCGGGAAAAAAUCGGCGAUGCCAUGCAGGACAUGCCGGAGAACAAUUCCAUCAAGGAGCUACUUCUUGGUUCGCACAUUAACUACUUCCACUGCUUAAAGAUUGUUGAUAUCUUGAAGGAGACGGAGGCAGACUCAAAGAAUUUCUUCGGCCAGUACGGGUCCAAGAGGAUGAAGGAUUGGAAACAAAUUAUCAGUGAGUAUGAGAAUGGUUGUGUCUACCUAGCAGAGAGUGCUCAGAUCCUGACCCAGAAUACAGUUUACGAGAUUCCAGCAGUAAAGAAGAACAACCAGAAGUUGGAGCAGAUUCAGCUAGAGUCAGAUAAGAAGGAGGAAACCGCGGGGAAACGUAUCCUUGAGUUAGACGAGGAGUUCAGGAAGCAAUGUAAGCUGCUCGGCAUUGAAGGAAAAAGUAUAAAAAAAGAAAUUAUAUCCUUGGCUCGUGAUCUUCCAGAAACAUACUCCAGGGUUGCUGAGAAAGCAGCGAAGCUUAAGGACGCCUCCAACCUCUACAAGGAGUUCGUCCAGAACAAUGUUAACGAGGGGGUGGAGCUCAAGGUUUUGGAGAACUUGAAUUUUUUGAUCGAGCACGGAAACGUAACAACGUACCAGUGGAAGUACGGAGAGAAACCUAUCUCUGUCGAGACGCCGAUUAUCGAGUUUAAAGAGGAAGAGGAAAACGAGGAUGGUAAGAUAGAUUUCGGCGAUGACAACGAAGUAGAUUUCGGCAAUGAAGUCGACUUUGGCGAUGAGGUUGACUUCGGCGAUGGUGAGAUUGAUUUCGGAGACAGUGGGGCGGAAAUAGACUUCGACGGCGGAGAGAUUGAUUUCGAUAUCGAGGGUGUGGACACGAGCUGUAUAGUGGUUGAGGAGGGAGGUAUGGCGGGCGGAGUAGCAAAAGAGGAGGAAGCGCUCUCUAUCCUGGAUAACAGACGAACACGGACGAUCAUUAUUGACGAGCUCGAGGAAUUAUCAGGCUUCUUAACUCAGAGACUUUGUGAAACAGAAAGUGAAAGUAUCAAGUUCUCUAUUGGAUCCGGAAACCAAAAUCAUGAUCCGCAAACUUUGCGACUCAUGUUGUCAGCGGUUGAGUGCCUGACUAGUUCGCUGACAGAGGUGAGAAUGCAGCAGCUGCAAAUGAUUCGUGACAGCCCGGAGUUUGCUGACAGGUUGGCUGACACACUUAAACAGAAACAGAAGCUUAAAAACAAGGUGGAAUCAAGUAUAGAAGAUAUAAGACGGAGAAAGGAAGAAGCAGGCUUGGAGGAGAAGAAAGGAAAAGUUCAACUCAAAAUUCUUCAAGAAAGAACCAGGGAAUUGCAGAGAGAGGUGGAAAAGGAUAUAUCACAGAGAUAUAAGGGUAGAACAGUCAUUAUAUCCGGUAUCUGAUAUCCAGAGAAAAAAUUAAUCUGGAUUAUUAUAACCAGAGAUAUCAUGAUAUCCGGUAUUUGAUAUCUAGAGAUAAAAUGAUAUCCGGUAUCUGAUAUUCAGAGGUUUGUAGAAUGAACUAUAUGGUAAUCUGAAAACCAGAGGUUUUGUCGGGUAACAAACAUGAUAUCCAGUAACCUGAUAUGUAAAGGGAAAAAUCGACACCAAUGGAGUAUCGGUAUUUAUCUAACUAAAUUAACCCCUAUUGAUAAAUCAUGAUGCCAAUACUGCUCAGAGUUAGAAAUUUACAUUCAUGUAUAUUUGUUAAAUAUUUUAUAAAGUUUAUAAAAUUCUAAAUGAUUGUUUUAAGUAUUCCAAUCUUUUAACUUCACGGAGACCACUGUGAUAACGCAUUUAUUUAUUUUUACACGUGUCUAAUGUUCAUAAACGUUUUGUAUCUCGG